UUUAGUAUAAACCGGUCGCCGUAGUUUUUGUAUAAACCAGAUUACAGUUCCGCUUCCGAGUAGGUCACAACAUCAGAGAACCGUCUUCAGAAAGUUAAAAACAAGAUGCAAAGUGACAUUCAAGGGUUGAUUGCUAAGUUCACCAACAAGACCAAUGAAGGUGUGCGACCAGCUUGUCAGCGGUGUGGCUAUGCUGGCCACUUGACCUACCAGUGCCGGAACUUCAUCAAGGCUGAUCCCAACAAGGAUAUCCUCCUGGACGUGAGCAGUACCAGCUCUGACUCCAGUGAUGAAAACUUUGUGUCACCUCUCACGCAGCUCAAGAAAGCAGAAGAGAAGAAAACAUUGAAGAAGAUGAAGAAGCACAAAGUGAAAGAGAAGCAUGAGAGACACAAGAAGACAAAGAAGAAGAGGUCCAGGUCAAGAUCUCCAGUCAGAUCUAAGAAGAAGAGUCACAAGAAGGACAAGAAGAGACACAAACACAGGCGGGACACUCGCUCGUACACAGACACUGAUUCAGAUUCAGACACUGACUCAGACACUGAACCCGACUCUGAGACGCAUUGUAGAAAGUCCCACAGCAAGCACAAGAAACAUCAUAAACACAAACAUGGAAAGCAUAUCCGGAAGUCAGAGAGAGACAGUUCAUACAGUGAUUGAGUGGGUCAGCAUGUCCAGGUGCUACAUGCACGUCAGACUGAGUCAGUGUCUCUUGGUGCUAUUUACAUGUCUGAUUGGGGUGGUCAAUCCAGGUGAUGUGUGUACACCUCUGAGUGGGUCAUUGUGUCAAGGUGCUGCGUGUACAUCUCUGACUGGGGCACUCAGUCUCUGUCCUAACUUGUUACCUAGUUUUUGGAGGACCAAGGAGAAAUACUGCAGUGAGAGUGGAGAUUAUUAACAUAAAAUACUUUACAAUUACAUUGUUUCAAGUUGCAAGGACCAAUCAUAUGUUUUGUAUUAGAGAUGAUAUUCACUGCCUCUGAACACUAAUGUAUGUCUGUCUGUCAUGUUAAUGUGGAGGGAAUUGUACAACAUGUUGCUGGCUAUUUCACCAAUUAUUACUAAUCACAUCUGUGACAUGAAUGAAGCCUUAUGAAGACCAGGGCCUCAGCACUCCUCCCUGUAUCAGAUGUCUGUUAUAUGAUGGUGUUUGUGAGAUAGGCUCACUCAGAUGUUACAUCUCAGUUAUUCACUGUAUUGUUACUGAGUAUAUUUUCUGGUGCAUCACCCUGCAAAUUUUGUCAAAUUUAUCUGAAGUGAACCAAAGGUUGUAGUGAGCCUCAUGGCAUGUUGUCCAUACAUUUGUCUUGUAGUAAACUUUUCCCUUUACAUCUCCUCUAGAACCUAGAAGCCUAUGAAGAUGAAACUUUUUGCAGGAGAUGUAACAUGAAUUUAUCAUUUUUGCCCUAUAUUAUGGUUGGCCCAGUCGUCUAGGGGUCUGUAACUCUCUGUGCAGAGUUGUGUCCUUCAGGGUGAGCCAGAAACUUAAGCUCAUGGGUUGAAAUCCUAGUUGGCCCUAAUUAUAUGUCUGGGUAUGCCAGCAGCAUACCAAUGCUCAUGGGUUUCAUCGAAGAGGUUGCAAGACCUGUAUCACAUUCCUCCAACAUCAAGCAGAUGCACUGUGAUAGACAUUAUAUACUGUUCAGAGCAACAUUAAGCCAAACUCUCCCGCUAAUAGGUUUUGGUACCCUGGGAUUUUUAUUUUUAUGGCAUAUCAUUGUGAAGUAUUCAUGCUAUUUUGUUGUAUUGAAAGUACUCUUGAUUAUCAUGGUUAUUUUAGACCUAGUUUUACAAAUAUUCCAUGAAACCUUUAAGUGAGCUGCAGAGCCUUGUGGCUCUGUGUUGUUUGACUCCAAUGUCUGUUUUCCCAAGUAUUGGCCGGGACUCUUUCUUGGGGAAGAUUUGACUUUCAGAUUAUCUUUCCUGAAAGUGACAGGAAAUCUUUCCAUGAUAUUGGCUGGCAUAAAUAGCAGGAUCUAAACAAGAAACAUUCAGUGAAGGAACAUGUUUGUACAAUCACUUUCCAUGUGUGCUGUUGUAAUGUUCUCAUGUAGAGUGUUAUUUUUGCAUUUUAGUUUCAUUUUAUGAUAACAUGUCAUAUAUCUGCCAAGGUUUUAGUAUGAUUUUAGUCAAAACUGUUGAUUACAACAGAACUUAAUUUUGCCACAUAUUGACAUUUUUCCAUGCUACACUUACAGCUUUUAAA